AUGGCGACAACGUCAAAGAGUAACAAUAUAGGCCGUACGUCACUUGACGAUGUAGGUGGACGCGGCAAUAAUAAAACUUUUGAUAAUAAUUCAACACCGCAAAUUUUAUUGGAAGAGACAUUUUAUAUAUUAUCGAAAAAAAAUACAGUGUUUAAAGUUCGUUUAACAAAUUACGGUUUGUGUCUAAUUAAAGAAAGUAAUGGUACUACUAAAGAACAAACAAUUAAUAUUUCAGAUAUAAUAGGAUGUCGAUGUAUGAGAAGCAAACGUCCUGUAGGAGCUGGAUCAUGUUCCUGUCAAUCAUUAGCCAGACCACCACCUUUACGUGUCGUAGAAGAAAAUUCCGGCGAAAGAGAUGAAUCGGAUACAAGUGCAUAUUUAUACAUAUAUGCAUAUGUUUUGAAAAGAUCACGACGUGGUACAAAACGAGAGCGUACCACAAUCACCUUACGAUUUCGAUCAUUCGAUAAAUAUGAAGAUAAUAAUCGAGAAGCUCAGCGAUGGCGAAAUGCUGUCAAAUCAAUGCUUAAAAGAGAACAUGAUCGAAAAUUACUUGUACUUGUUAAUCCUAAAUCGGGUGCUGGAAAGGCACGUGAAAUAUUUCAACAAAGAGUUGCUCAAAUAUUCAAUGAAUCGGAAGUACAGUAUGAUUUACAUGUUACGAAACAUGCAAACUAUGCACGAGAGUUUAUUCGUGACCGUGAUUUAAGUCAGUGGAACGGUGUUGUUGUUAUGGGCGGCGAUGGUAUAUUAUUUGAAGUAAUUAAUGGUUUACUCGAGAGACAUGAUUGGGAAAAAGUAUUGCAUGACAUGCCAUUAGGGAUUAUUCCAUCCGGUUCAGGAAAUGGAUUAGCAAAAACAAUAUCACAUUUUUACGAUGAACCUUAUACACCAAAUCCUGUAUUAGGUGCUGCAUUAGCGAUAGUAAAAGGUCGUCGUGCUCCUAUGGAUUUAGUACGUGUAGAAACCACAAAACAAAUAUUAUUUUCGUUUUUAUCUGUUGGUUGGGGUUUAUUAUCAGAUAUUGAUAUCGAGAGUGAACGAUUACGUGCAAUUGGUGGACAAAGAUUUACAGUAUGGAGUGUGGCAAGAUUAAUUGGCUUACGAACAUAUCAUGGUAAAGUAUGGUAUCUACCAAUGGGCUUACGACGUAGCGUUAGUGCAAACGUAACGAGCGAUUAUGACUGGAAUGAUAUGGAACCAUUAGGACGAACACGUGUGGAUUCAUGGUAUAGUGCAACAUCACGACGUAGUGCUUACUAUAGCACGGCAGCUAGUAGUUAUCGAUCAGCUGAUGAAGAUACAAAAGUUCCGAUAAGAACAUUUGGGCCUGCAUCACAAUUACCAGCGCUAACAGCACCUGUACCAUCUAAUUGGAUAUGUGUGGAGGGACCUUUUGUAUUUGUUCAUGCGGCCUAUCAAUCUCACAUAUCUUCAGACGUCAUAUUUGCACCUAGAUCACGUUUAGACGACGGUGUAAUAUGGUUGUGUAUAAUGCGAGCUGGUGCAAGUCGUGCACAAAUAUUAUCAUUUCUAUUAGGUUUAAGUUCCGGUAAUCAUGCUUCAACACCUGAACGUGGUGUUUGUCCUGUCAUGAUGUUACCAGUACAAGCAUUUCGUAUUGAGCCUAAAAAUGAUGCACAUGGUUAUAUAACUGUUGAUGGUGAACAAGUUGAUUAUGGACCUCUGCAGGCAGAAGUAUGUCCUGGAAUUGCGUCAAUUAUGGUACCUUAA